CGGAACGGGAACGUUCGAUUGUUCGAAUGUCGACUCCUAAACAAAACGGUCGGGUCGUAACCUAGAGCGCGUUACAAUGUGUCUUUUUAUCUGAAAAUCAUAUUGGAUACGAAGAUCGCUGGUGAGAAUUAACGAUCGAAAACGAUGGACGAUGCGGCCUCAACACCGAACGUCGAAAACGUCUGCAGGCUCUGUUUGUCCGCUGACGAACCUAGGUCGUCGAUUUUCGAGGGGGAUGAUUCGUCGGUGCCGCUAUCUUUCAAGAUACAAGCCUGCCUAGCUAUUGAGGUCUCAUCGUCCGACAAAUUGUCAACUCUGAUAUGUCGGUUGUGCAUCAAAAACGUGAAUCAAUGGCACAGUUACAGAGAAUCGUGUCUCAAGGCCCAAGACAAAUUGCAUCAGUGGCAAAUGCAGCAGAUAGGGGUCCAGACGGGUGUAACCAUAAAGCAGGAGCCAAUUGAUUUGGAAUUUGAUACUGAUCAUAAUGUCUCCAUAACAGAACUGCACGGAACACCUGAACACCAAGAAAUCCAAAAUGACGGCGUAAUGGCGCUAAAAAUAACGAAUGAGCAAACAAUUCGACUGGGGAAAGAUGCGGAGAAAUCAUUGAAAAGUGAAACCUUAUGGAGGCGAAGAACCCGAAGUUUUGCUCUGUCAACUUCUCCAUCAGGCCUGCUUCAGGAAUCUGAAAAGUACCAAACAAAUUCAAAACCAUAUUGUACGGUGGAGGUGAAGGAAGAACCACUAGCCGAGGACGAAUACGAUUCUACCUUGGAAAUCGAAUCUGUAACAGGCGGUGACAUUUUGCCUAACCCCGUAGCGAUGAAUUGUACAGAAAAAGACAGAGUGAUGGAGGCUGAUUCGACACAGAGAUCCACUUCUGUAACCUUCAGAACAAAGAGGAAAGCAAAGAGAGGACCACACACCCAUUUGAGAAACAAACAGAGGUUCACAAAGAAAUGCGUCUAUUGCCAAAUAAACCUGCACUCCAAAUAUUCAUACACCAAACACAUGGAAAGAUUUCAUUCUGCUGUCUCUGAUUCUGAACAAAGGGACAACAAAAUGGGGUUGAAAAAUGUUCUAAAGCAGAAACAAAUCUUUAAAAAAUCUCCAUCUGCGUCGUUUCAAGAUCAGAUUAGACUUAAUAGGAAUAAUCCUCAAGAUGAAACAGUUGAUAGUAUUCCAGAAGAGAGCAGCGCCACGGUGGGGAUAAACAGUUACCGCAGGGACGUAGACGAAGAGAUGAUCGAAGAUGUAGAGGACGAGAUAGACAACAUGGAUAAAAAUUCAGAUACACCGCUCUCUCAAGUACAACAGAAUAUAAUUGGUCAGUUAAAAACCUACUCUUGUUACUCCUGUAAACAGGUUUUCCCCGACCGACGCACAACACUGAAUCACUUGAGGCAGCAUCUGCCGGACCUUCGUCCAUUCACCUGCGUAGCUUGUCUCACGCAAUUUCCGGAUCGUUCGAUCUACAAAGAUCAUUGCUACACCUCGUUUGAAUGUGCAAUGAAAAUUGCAAUAGUCGAGCCCAAGUCCGGUUUAGAAAAACAUUUCACCUGCAAUAUGUGCUCCAAGUCUGUGGAGAAUAGAAAGGAAUUGUUACACCACUUGACCUCUCAACAUUCUGACGAACAACAGGCAAACGCUACACCGACUUCUUCCAAUAAAAUGCCUGCAAAGAUAAGCAACAGAGACGGUUCGUCCCCAUCUACCGGCUGGUCCUGGGCAGGUCUAGGCUUGCCUGCUCCCUAUCAAAAUGGAGACCCUGUAUAUAAUAACCCCUGCAAUUACUGCGGUAUGAUUUACAAACACAAGCGAAAUUUAUUGGAGCAUCGUGAACUGUGUGCUCGCCUUCCGGUCAAUGCUAGAACUUCUUACGCGUGUGUGCACUGCGGUAUGACUUUCCUUGUGUUCAAAAAGUUUUCAAGCCACCUUGCAACGUUGCACAAUACAACUGACAUUAUAUGUGCAAAGUGCCGAAAAUCUUUUGAUUCAGCUACCGAUUUCCUGACUCAUCACGAAAAUCAUAUAAGAAUGGACGAUCCACAAGGCAGCGGAGACAACAGAAGAUCUUCGACCAGCUUUGAAAGUCCAUUAAAAGAUUGGAACGAUUUCGAAGCUGAAGUACAUGCAAACGAAUCCAGAAUCAGUCGGCAAAAGUACAGCUGCGCGCUAUGCGGUCAAGAAUUUCCUACUAGAACGGAGCUUGGGGAGCACCGAAAUCUCCAUUUAAAAGUGAAGAUAUAUUCUUGCGUUAUUUGCCGUAGCAUGUUCAGUAGCGCUGGGGCGCUGGAAGUUCACAUGAAGGAUCAUGGAAUAGAAGAUCCCGCAGAACAAAGCGCGCACACUUCCUACAUAGAGUACGAAGGAACCGAAGACACGAAGGACUUUAACUUGACGGAGGGUUCGCGAGGCUCGGAAGCUGACGACGAAGAAACAACAUGCAAGAUUUGCCAAAAGAGGUUCUCAAGUUUAGCCAAUCUGAGGAGGCACACAGCGAAUGUACAUAGAAAUAGCAAAAGGCGACGAAAAUGCGUAGAAUGCAACAAGGUAUUUACCAAGAAAAAUUCUUACGAAUAUCAUGUGAGGAUGGAACACAAAGGGUUUUCUUCGCCCAUAAAAUGCUCCGUUUGUCCUCAAACAUUUAUUAGCAGGACUAAUUUGAAUUUACACUACGAGACGGUCCAUGCCCAUGUAGCAAAAGCGCCGUACGAAUGCGACAUAUGCGGUAGACAGUUCAAAGAAGAUCUAUCUUGUAAAAUUCAUCGGGGAUGGCACGCGCGUAGAUCACGUCGACUGACCGAAGACUUAGCUGCCGUCAACCGCAAUAGUACUUUGAUGUCGUCGCGAUCCCUCGAGAAUUUUGAUAAUCCGAUAGAAUUGACACAGAGGCCAGCAAGAGCGCGUAAAUCGUUUCCAAAUUCACCGCCGGCGAAGCCCGCUCCUCAAUUGCAGUGUCAGGUCUGCGACAACAAGUUCAGUGACGUAACAGAACUGAGAAAACACCUUUGGGACGUUCACUGUGCCCGUAAUAAGAGCGAGAAAGAUUACACAACUAGCGACCUACAGUGCGAACUGUGCACUCACAUCUUGCCAGAUAGACCCAGUCUGGAGAGGCACUUGGAAUGGCAUAUGGAAAACCCAAUAUUGAGUGACACGAAAAAUGGAUUGCAGAGAAAAAGGUACUUCUCGCCCACGGACCUGAGGACUCAUCCGUGCGAUGUCUGUGGCAAUUUUUACACGUCGCGAAAGAGCUUGCUGAGACAUAAAAAACUUCACAAAGUCAGCACUGCCGCUACUGUCAAGUUUCAAUCGCUUGCCAAGAAACCAUCGAUUACCCAAUUUCCUUGCAACGUCUGUCACAAGACAUUUGGCAGUUCGAUGAAACUCCGCAAGCACAAACUCCGUCACUUUGUAAACCCAGCCGAACGCAAGAAACGCUCUGUUCUCGAGAAGUCCGACUUUAAGUGCGAGCUGUGCUUGAAGUAUUAUAUCUCCGAGGUCGGACUGCGUUUUCAUGUGGAAAAGACUUGUCCGUUUAGGGAGCAAGAAACAUACAGUCCUCGCCUAAAACGUCGAAGAAUAGCGUCGACCGAAGAAAAUGCCCCUUCGGCUGAGGUCGAUCCGCCAAAACAUCUGUCCGUAAAGUCAAACGUCGGUCUUCCCGUCGCCUGGAGAACGAAGAAGAUGGUGAACUGCAGCAUUUGCCACAAGUCCUUCCUUGGGAAAAGCCUUUUUUACAAGCACAGGCAGAUCGCUCAUCCGAAGGAGAUAACAAGCCGGGCAGAAGUGCUCUCCGUAAAGAAACAAAGCCUCGCGGCUACCGCUGCGACGGACGUUACGAAAAAUUUUCGGUGCAAUAUAUGCGGCAAGACGUUCCCGGCCGCCCUCAAUCUUAAGCUCCACAGGUCCGCUGUUCACAAACAUGCUUCACUGAAGAAUACCUGCGCUAUCUGCAAUCUGAAAUUCAACUCGGGCGUCGGGUUGAAAAAUCACAUGCAAAAACACUCUACCGAUACCUUCAGCUGCAACAUUUGUACCCGAAUAUUCCGUUCCCGGCCAGCUGUAUUCAUUCACCUUAACCGACAGCAUCCCGAAGAGUAUGAUCUUAUGCAGGAUAACAAGUCCAAACUGUUCACCGAAAUACAGGGAAUCCCUGAACAACCUCUUGAACCGGACGUAACAGUUCCGUUCAAGUGUGGCUUGUGUAACAAGACAUUUGAAACGAAGAAAGGUCUUAAAGUUCACAGCGUGAAACUUCAUUCCGUGCGUCAUGAAUAAUUUCAACAUUGACAUAACGUAUCAUUACCUUAUUUUGCAGUAGUAUAAAUUUUGAAACAACACUCUGGGUUUGUGUCUGCUUCGCCUUGUUCCCAAAACGCGAUAUCGGCCUCCCACAAGUCUCUUGUGUCAAUCCGUGCUCAUCACCGACGUCUGCUUUUUCCCCCUUCAUUGUUCUACAGACAACGCAAAUCGCAACUCAAUUUACUGUCGAGUCGUGAAGUUUCUUUACAGUUUCAUAUAACGUAGAGAUGUUCGUCAUUUGAAAAUUGUCAUCACUGCCUGUCUAUUGGCAGUUGUUAUACCGCACAAAUGAGCGUUCAUUUACGGUAUAUAA